AUGGGUUUAAAGGCCAAUAACUAUUACCUUGAAAUCGAAGAUAAAGAAAGUUUUGUAAAAGAAGAAAGCAAUACGAAGAAAGAGGUGAAACCUCAAUCUAAUAAUGUUGAAGAGAUAGUUGAGAAAUCGCAAUCAAAUAAAGUUGAAGUGGUUGCUGAUGAAAAUAAAGAGGAAGAAGAGAAUUCAAAGGUUGAUACAGAGGAUUCCAAAGUUGUUGAGGAUUCCAAGCCGAAACUGGAGAAAAUGAAGACAAUGAUCUAUAAAUUCAACGCUAGAGAGUUAACCGAAGAAGAUUGGUUAUCAUCUAAUGAUGUUGAAUCUGUCUUGAAACAUGAGAAGUCAUCAACAAUGAAUGAUGAACCUCCACCAAGAGGCGGACCCAAACCAGAUAAGCCUCUACCAGGAGGCGGGCCAAGACCGGAUGAGCCUCCACCAAGAGGUGAGCCAAGACCAUAUGAACCUCCACCAAGAGGCGAUCCAAGACCGGACGAACCUCCACCAAGAGGCGGACCGAGACCGGACGAACCUCCCCCAAGAGGCGGACCGAGACCGGACGAACCUCCCCUAAGAGGCGGACCAAGACCGGACGAACCUCCACCAAAAGGCAGGCCGAGAUGGGACGAACCUCCACCAAAAGACGGACCGAGACCAGACGAACCUCCGCCAAAAGGCGGACCGAGACCGGACGAACCUCCACCAAAAGGCGGGCCGAAAUGGGACGAACCUCCCCAAAGAGGCGGGCCGAGACCGGACGAACCUCCCCUAAGAGGCGGACCGAGACUAGACGAGCCUCCACCAAGAGACGGGCCGAGACCAGACGAACCUCCUCUAAGAGGUGGACCGAGACCCGACGAACCACAACCAAGAGGCGGACCAAGACCGGACAAACCUCCACCAAAAGACGGACCAAGAUCGGACGAACCUCCACCAAGAGACGGGCCAAAACUGGACGAACCUCCACCAAGAGGCGGGCCAAGACCAGACGAAUCUCCACUAAGAGGCGGGCCAAGACCAGACGAACCUCCCCCAAGAGGCGGACCGAGACCCGAUGAACCUCCACCAAGAGACGGACCGAGACCCGAUGAACCUUCAAUAAGAGGCGGACCGAGACCGAAUGAACUUCCACCGAGAGGCGAUCCAAAACCGGAUGAACCUCCUCAAAAAAGCAGACCAAAACAUGAAGAACCUCCACCAAGAAGCGGACCAAAACUCGAUGAACCUCCUCCAAGAGGCGGACCAACACUUGAUGAGCUUCUACCAAGCGGCGGACCAAAACAUGAUGAUCCUCCACCAAGAGGCGGACCGAAAUCGGACAAACCUCCACCAAGAGGUGGAGAAAACCCUGAUGAACCUCCACUAAGAGGCGAACCAAAACAUGAUGAACCUCCUCCAAAAGGCGGACCAACACUUGAUGAAAUUCCACAAAGAGGCGGACCGAAACAUGAUGAACCUCCACUAAGAGGCGAACCAAAACAUGAUGAACUUCCACCAAGAGGCGGACCGAAAACCGAUGAACCUCCACCAAGACCAAGAGGUGGACCAAAUCAUGAUGAUCGGUCACUUAAAGGCGGACCAAAACCUUUAUACAACUGA